AUGAAUCCACCAAACCAACCACCAGCGCCUCAUAGUGCGAGUAACGGUUUCGAUACAUCGAUAAACCCAACACCUCCAACGUUUUUGGACUAUGGGUUGCCACAACAGACCACUGCACCAUUUACAGUGGCUGUCAAUUCAGUCCAAGUACAACCAAGACAACCUCACAAUGGCUUGAUCGACUACCGGACUUGGCUGAAUACACAACCUACACAAGUAGUUCAUCGGUCAAAUGUUCUACCCGUACCAACAAAGCCGAAACGGUUCUCACAAUGGUUGCCGCAUCAGAGUGCAGCUGUGUCAGUCCCAGUGACUGCGCCAAGUCAGCACAUCUGGCACAACGGACAGCCGACCGGAUGGACCGCAGUGAGACCUCAGGGUCUGCCAGCCACGUAUAGGAAGCCUAAACGCGUAAGAACAGCAUUUACAACGGAUCAACUGUCGGCGCUAGAACAUGAGUUUAAGUUGACUCCUUUUUUGGCUCGACCUAGACGUCUGCAGUUAGCAGACGUGUUGCAAUUAAAUGAAAGAACCAUCAAAAUUUGGUUUCAAAAUCGGCGAAUGAAAGAAAAAAAAGACAGGGCAGAGAGCCAAAGCUCUUCUGGCGACAGUUCUGAAAAUAAUGAGGUGCCAAUAAUGCACUACCCGGGCAUGGCCCCGAGUUACUCAGAAAUAACUACGCCGAUGAAACCAAAUUUAAUGCCACAACAAUCUCAAAAUUCCCAGUCCAUGUAUAGUUCUCAGCCCGUCAUUCCUCCGAGCAAUAUCUCGGCACAGCCCUACCAAAUCGUAAUCCAAGCUCCUACCCAAACAGAACCACUUCUUCCACUACCGGAGCUGCCAGCUCCAAUUGUUCCUAGUGAGAUGAACAACUUUCAGUGGCCUGAUGAGGCUGAAGAUCAACACAUGUUAACUCCGUUGUAA